AUGUUCAGAUUCAACCCACGCGCCUCAAAUGAAGCCUCCCCUGUAGAUGGGGAGGUGAGCGACGACGAUAUAUCCUUGACGUCCACGGUCAAAGAUGAGGACCCCAACAAGGAAUAUGUCGUAGAGAAUAUUCGGGCCGAGUGGGAGGAUAACAAUCACAAUAUGUUUUACCUCGUAGAAUGGACGGAUUUCCCACUACAUGAGAGCACCUGGGAGCCCGAGGCGGGCCUAGGUCCUGCCCUAAAAGCGAAUUGGGAAGAAGAUAAAAAGAGCUAUGCGACGCCCGAGUUCCAGGAUGCAUGGGUCAAAAAACACCGGGACGCCCAAGUGGAGGCAGAAAAACAGCACAAUGCCCGCCAUCGUCGCCGGAAUCGAAAGCGACGAAAGCUGGGCUUGCCGCUAACAAAACCCAUCGACGACGAGUCGAGCGACGAAGCGGAGGAGGAAAACACAACCGAGAUCGCGGGAUCUGAGAAAUAUGCAGCCACCCCGGCCACUGCGCCAGCUGUUGGCAGUCAAUCAAUUGGGCCUGGGUCUGCAAGGCUACCGCCCCCUUUGGGGGCGCGAGGCAAAGAACCAACAGAGCCGCCCCAGAUUAGGGCUGUUAAUCGAGCGCAGCAAACGGCGGCCACCCAACCCACCGGUUAUCAGGGGACAGGGAGGAGAACAAGCAAAACAAGCAUCGAUUCGCUAUCAAAAUCAAUACCCGGGCCAUCAACUUCUAAUUCAAAGAGAGUGCCUGAAUCUGGGCCGAAGCCCGCCCCUGAGAACCGUAGAGCUCUCACGGCCAAGAAAAGCACAAUACAGCCAGCCGGGAAUAUUUUCACCGGCGGGAAGCAAACUAAGUCUCGGCCGAACCUUGCCAUCGCCAUGGCGGACACCAGCAGGGAGCCGAAGCUCUUUGAGAAACACCGUACACGUAGAUUGGCAGAGUUACGAAGCCGUGGUAAAGAAGACAUGGCUCCCGAUAUUUCUCAGCUAGACCUACUGGAUCUCCGAAGCAAGCAAACCAUCAACCGGCGAAGCUCGCGCGGUUCAGCCGCAAGCCCUACGGUAGUACAGUCUCCUCAACAAGAGCUACCCUCGCCCCUUGGACCCCCUCAGCCACGACCAUCCGCUCUUUCCAGCGCAAGAUCGACGCUCGUGGGUGAAGAUGGAGCCCCUCAAGCAAAAAGGCGAAAGUCUGUCCGUUUCUUGGUCGACGUAGAUCAACGCGAUUUUGUUGAAGAGCCCGAACAGAUGGACAUCGAUAGCCCUCCUGUCCGCCAGCGGCCAAGCUUGGAGAUGGAGGGUUGGGCAUUGCGGGCCCAGGGGAGCCAGAAUUCAGACAAGAAGUUGGUUUGUGGCCGGCUCAGCCUCGAAGCAACGUUCUGCAAGCUUCCCCAGAGCGCACCGGGGCAGCGCGAAUGGCUAUCGACAUUCCUAGCCAAAGAGAGCCUGGAAUUUGGACACACUUGUUUUUCGGGCGCAACCUACGGCCAAUUACAACCCCUAAUCCAGGAGCGGCUGGCGAGCGGGAUGAUAAUCCCCAAAACAGAUGGGAAUUCCUUUGAUACGAUGGCUGAGAACUUAGCCGCGGGUAUGCUUGCCUUGUAUCAUGGUGAUUCUGAGUACAGCAUCUUGCUUUACCCGACAAAGAGCGAUGAGUGGAAAACUAUCCUACCCAACGUCGUCCCGGCCAGCCCUUCUGAAGCUGCACUAGGAUACUACAUCUUCUCUUCCCUCGAUGAACCCAGGCUGAUAUUGCCGCCUCUCGGGCCAGCGCCGGCGCCCCAACCAUUGCUAGCGCAAGUAAAGGGAGGGAUUCAAGACAGCGCCGAAUAUCCGCCGCGAGAUUCGGUGUUCAAGCAACUUUUUGGGUUUGAGUACGAAAAGAUCCUUCCGGUAACCACGCGGAAAGAGCCUGCCGAGGAGCAUUCUUUUUUCUUGGCCAUCCCAGAUUCGAGGAGGGAGAUCAGCCAGGCUGUUUUCCACUGGCUCCGAGCCCGGAAUCCGAAGUGUCGGGUCUUCACAAGCUCCAGGAAUGGGGGGUGGAACGCAUUCCGCUCCCAAGUUGAGACGACGCCCGGCGUGGUGAUAAUUCACGAACUGUUGGCGUGGAACAUGCGCCGCAUACCGGGUCUCUCAAAAUUUCUCCUGACUCGGAACGACGAAUACUGGUGUAUCACAGAGCCCGUCCAUGGCCUACCGCUCUAUCCAUCCAUUCCGGAGCCCGGGCGCCUAGAGCCUCCAGGAGACACGCGGCUCACGCGACUGUUCCCGUACCGGACGGCUAUUUUCCUCGCGCCGAGCUUUUUCGUUUCUGAGCCGCAGCGCUCGCUCGAGUUUCUCCGGUGGUUCAUGGAUAAAUGGGUUGGGAAGUUUUACUACCGCCUGAUCACGGCUUACAACAUCCACGAAUACCUAGCCGAGCUGGCGGAGGAGAGAGCAGAUGCACGCCAGGAAUUACAGGCGACGGCGGGGGGCGACUCAAAGCUGCUCAAGACUGAGGCCAACCUCCGCGGGCUUACUAUGGAGGACUGCAGUAACAGAUACAGAAUCGCCGAAUUGGCUCUGGACCUACAUGUCACCCGCAUAAUGGAAGCUGGCCCCUUUGCGCACGACGAGGACAACAGCACGCUCGUAUAUGCCGACCCAUCUAUCGACCCCAACGACGAGCAGAGCCUGGUCAACUGGUUUGGCUGGUGGGCGACGUUGCGGGCUGACCAGUUCCGCAAGUUCCACGUCAUCGGUUCGAACCGGACGAUUAGCCAACAUGGGUGCAGGAGAGGUGAGCGGCGUGUCCGCAUUCCCAAAUACACCACGGUCACGCUCAAUGACCCCGAUGCUGUCUUGGAGGUUCUCCAAGAGAGAAACGACCAGGUCGGGGCGUCGGAGGGAAACGGCAAAGCGGGAGACUUCGCGGUACAGGGGCCGCCAGAUGGACAUGGCAGGGCCGACUUCAAUCAAGAUGGACAAUGGGUUUUCCGAAGCGAACUCAUCUGGAAGGAGGAAAGCCAAGCAUUUGAGGGUUACCUGGAUCGUCUGAGCCGUCUCGACGGCAACAGGUACCAAUGGAACUUGUUCAAGUUCCCCAUCUCAUGGUCGGACUCUGAGAUGGCCGAUCACUUUGGCGAUUUCACGAGGAGAUACUCGAGGAUUCUAGACUGGUUCAAGUUCACCUUCCCCUUCGGCGGCCGUCCUCGAGAUCCCGGUGGCCCAAAGUCACCCCCCGGCUACAACACCUACGCAGGGUUCUUUUAUACGAUUAACGAUAGAGAUUGGGACUCGCCAGAACCCGGAUCGCCCAAGACAACGCCUCAGCGCCACCCCUGGAUCGGGAUCUACCGACCGGUCAACCCACAUAGGAGGCCCUACUCACGAUGCGAGGUCAUCAUCUGGGACCCCACGGCUAGGACUCGUUUUCCCAAUGGAAAAGGCCCGGCUGAGAAGGACCUCAUUUACAUGCAACGCCAGCUGCUUCAGCACGUCCGCUACCACAGCGAUGAGAAGAAUCCCGGUACAUGGCUGGACCAGGCUUGGUACGGCGGCUGGGACUGGCCGGCCGAGUGUGAUGCCGGCAAUCCCAUUGAUGUGACUCUGCAGUUCCUGGAAGCCUUGCUUAGUGAUCUCCACCACUUCCUCCCGGCCCCAGAUCACGUCAUGGGAUCGAAGGGCUGGAAGAAAAUCGAGCUCGGCCCACCAUUCGACCCUUCACCGGAACCCCCCAGCGUCCCCGAUCCACAGCAAUCCAGUAUUAAACCAUCCUACCGCCCCUCCAUCCCACGCUCACCUGACGUGGCAAGCAACUCCGAUUCCCUGUUUGUCGAGCAAGAUCAAGGUGUACCGAUGGACAUCGACUCAGUCACCGAGAUGGGCGAUGGAAACGACCCUACUUCCCACGGCGGCCACGGCGCUUCCGACAUCAACAUGGAGGAAGCAGCCGAAGGCGAUGACGAAGACGAAAACACCCGCAUCAUCUUCCACCCGCCACGCGGCCACACCCGAGACCGCUCCACAGCCGUCCGGUCCCGCUGUACCAACCGACUGUACGAAGCAGCCCGACUCGCCCGCGCCAACGGGGACAACCUCUCCCGGACCUGGCCAGGAGACGGGAUUGGCGCAGGUGGGACCGGGAUCUCGACAACGCACAUGGACUACUCGUACCUACCGACGAAGGAGUGGUACCGCGAGCAGAAGGCGGAGGGGAGAGGGUUUGCGCAUGUCAAUGUGGAUUCGUGGGAGGGGGUGUUUUCGGCGUUGAAGAUUCCGGAGGAGAAGAGGGCUGGGAGUUCUGUGACGAGUGCUAGUGGGAGUGUGGAUGGGAGGAGAGAGGAGUAG